AUGGCCCAGGAGAUGAAAAUUGAGAUUGUCAAGAAGGAAACCAUAAAACCAUCUUCCCCAACUCCCCACAACCUCAAAAGUUUCAAGCUCUCUCUUUUAGAUCAGCUUUCUCCUGUAGCAUAUGGUCCUUUGGUUCUUUUCUACCCCAACAAUGUCAGUGAGGUUACAUUAACAGAGGAAAGGUCGCAUCAGCUAAAGAAAUCACUCUCAGAAGCCUUAACUCGCUUCUAUCCACUUGCUGGAAGAAUAAAAGAUAACCUGUUUAUUGAAUGUAAUGAUGAGGGGGCUGUCUAUGUUGAAGCUCGAGUCAACGCCCUUCUGUCGAACUUCCUCGAUCAACCCAACUUGGAAAUACUAAAAUUGCUUCUUCCCAUUAAGGUUGAAUCCCCUGAAGCAGCCACAGGGUGCCUGCUGCUUGUUCAAGCCAGUUUUUUUGAGUGUGGAGGAUUGGCCAUAGGUGUGUGCAUGUCACACAAGCUUGCUGAUGCAUCAACUUUGAGCACAUUCAUCAAAGUUUGGGCUGCCACAGCUCUUGGCCUUGGUCACACUGUGGUACCAGAUUUCAGUGCAGCAACCCGAUACCCGCCUAGAGAUUUCUCAGCACAGAGUCCUGCAGCUGCCGUGGAGAUGAAGAUAGUCAAGUGUGUCACAAAGAGAUUUGUGUUUGAUGGUCCAAAGAUGAGAGCUCUUAAAGCUAAAGUCACUAGUGGAAGUGUGCAGAGACCUACAAGAGUUGAAGCUGUAACAGGCCUCAUUUGGAAUUGUGCAAGGAGGGCGUCAAAUCUAAGUUCAGGGAUUUCCAAGUUAUCAAUGGUGUCACAAUCUGUCAACAUACGCAAAAGGGUUGUGCCACGAUUGCCACAAACCUCAAUUGGAAACCUUGCGGGGUACUACACUGCAAUGGCAGAAGAGAGUGGAAUAGAGUUGAACUCCUUGGAAUUGGUUUCUCGACUGAGGAAGGGGAUGGUUGAAUUUAAUGAAAACCAUUACAAGAGAUUGCAAGGGGACAAUGUGUUUGAAGCUAUAUGUGAGUAUUUUAAGGAGAUAGGAAACAUUAUGAGAAGAGAUGACAUAAACUUGUUUAUCUGUACAAGUUUAUGCAACUUUGGAAUAUAUGAGAUUGAUUUUGGGUGGGGAAAGCCAAUUUGGGUGAGCAUCCCUGGUGGUGUAGUCAAGAAUGUUGCUAUUUUGAUUGACACAAAGGAGGGUGAUGGAGUAGAUGCAUGGAUAAGUUUAAGUGAGGAAGACAUGGCCUUAUUUGAACGUGACCCAGAACUUCUUGCUUUUGCUUCUUUAAAUCCUAGUGUAUUUGGACCUGUAACAAGGAGAUCUUCUCUUUAGU